CAAAUAUGAUUGUUGAAGUGUUAUUAAUAGUAGUGGUCACUUUAUUUUUCAUUUUAUACCAUAUUUCCAAAAGGAAAUUUGGGUAUUGGAAGGAACGCAAUAUACCGUACCUGGAACCCGUCCCGAUUCUAGGCAACUACGGGCCUUUUAUAAUGCAGAGGAAGUAUAAUGGUAAAAUGGCACAAGAAUUAUGUCAAAAGUUUCCAGACGAACCGUAUUUUGGAGUAUUUUAUGGUACGGAGCCGACCCUCAUGGUACAGGAUCCAGAAAUGAUCAAAACGGUCAUGACUAAAGACUUCUAUUACUUCAGUUGCCGGGAAAUCUCCAACUACACCCACAGGGAAGUGUUCACUCAAAAUUUGUUUUUCAUUUGUGGACACAAGUGGAGAGUACUACGCCAAAACUUGACCCCUCUCUUCUCGUCCUCCAAAAUGAAGAACAUGUUUUACUUGAUAGAAGAAUGUGUUCAAGUGUUUGAAGGCAUGUUAGAUCGUGAUAUAAAAGUAAAUAAUGUGCAAGGAGUGAGACAUCUUAUGGCAAGAUUUACGAUGGAUUGCAUUGGUUUGUGUGCAUUUGGCAUAGAAACUAAGACUAUGGAACAAGACUCACGUAAAAAUCCAUUUACAAGCAUUGCAGCUAUAAUGUUUAUGGAGUCAUACAUAAGAGGCACUAUGAUUGUCGUCCGGGCUAUUUGGCCAGCCUUAUUUUACGGGUUAGGUAUAAAACUUUUCCCCAAAAUAGCUCUUAACUUUUUCAAGAAAUUAAUGAGGGGAGUAUUUGAAGACCGCCAAUACAAACCUACAAAUAGAAAUGAUUUUGUAGAUUUGAUCUUAAAUUGGAAGAAAAAUAACUUUAUAUCUGGAGAUAGUUUGCAAAAUAUGAAAGGAGGUGAAAACAAAGUGAGAUUGGAAAUUGAUGAUGAAAUGCUAGUGUCGCAAUGUAUGUUGUUCUUCGCUGCUGGGUUUGAAACUUCAUCUACGACUUUGCAGUACCUUUUGUAUGAGCUUGCUAAAGACCGAAAGGCACAGCAAAAAGUCAUAGGAGAAGUAGACGAAUAUCUUCAACUUCAUAAAAAUAAACUUGAAUAUGAGUGCACUACAGAGUUGCCGUUUACUGAAGCCUGUAUCGAUGAAGCUCUUCGUUUAUAUCCGGCUGUUGGAAUAUUGACCAGGGAAUUGGUUGAAGACUAUACUCUGCCGUGUGGAGCUGUUAUAGGGAAUGGAAUCCGCGUGCAUAUACCAGUGUACCAUUUACACCACAAUCCGAAAUUCUUCACUGAUCCAGAGAUGUUCAGACCUGAAAGAUUUUAUAAACAAAAACGUGAUGUAAUACCCUAUACCCAUAUUCCGUUUGGUGAGGGACCUCGGGCGUGUAUAGGCAUGCGCUUCGCAAAGAUGCAGAUGUUCUCCGGCAUCAUAACCCUGCUGAAGAAGUACCAAGUGGAGCUAGCCGCAGACACUCCUCGCAAGCUGAACUUCAAAUCCACCACCUUGGUCACCCAGCCGAAGGAGCUAAUCAAACUGAAGUUUGUGGAGAGGGAAGGAUGGGAAAAGAGAAUGUUCAAUAAAUAAUAAUAAUAGAAAUUG